AGAAGCAAAGUUAGUUUAGUUUCAGUCUGUCAGUCUGCCGUUCGCCGGGUGGUGUUUGCUAAACUUUUCAGACAAUGUUUUUUUAGUUAAAAUUCGCAAAUGUAGUGCAAUAAUUUCAACAAUAUCUAAAUCAAUUUCAUUUCAAAAUUGUUUUUAAAUACAUACAUUUACUUCUGAAGUGCACGAUGUCGAAAAAGGUAAAAGAUAAAGUACAGAAGAAGAAAGCAGUUUCGUUCGGAAAAAUCUUCUUAAUAGUUCUAUCAAUAUUGGUUGCCCUUGCAUCAUACUAUGCAUACAAAUGGUUAACAACUCCACCAGAACUUCCGCAAAUUGAUUAUAGCCAGUGGUGGGGGCCAUACGCAAAUGAUCAAGAAGAUAAUGAGGGUAUUGCUAUUGAACAAUUUCGCAUCGAAUUCAAUGAUGAUAUGGUAUACGACCUCCGUCAAAGACUACUUCAUACACGACCGCUGGCAAAACCGCUCGAAGGCUCCGGCUUUACAUACGGCAUGAACACAGACUUCCUGACUCGGUUUUUGGACUUCUGGAAAAACAGCUACAGUUUCCAAGACCGGGAGAGGUAUCUGAACAAGUACGAUCAUUACAUGACAAAGAUACAGGGGUUGAAGAUACAUUUUAUGCAUGUCAAGCCUAAGAAGGAUGCGCAAAGUGCUAUGACGUUGCCUCUACUCCUGCUGCACAGCUGGCCGGGCUCCUUCUGCGACUUCUACGGCGUUAUCCCGGAGCUGAUGAAGCCGCGGGACGACCGCGACUUCACGUUCGAAGUCAUCGUGCCUAGCUUGCCGGGCGUCGGGUAUUCUGAUGGGGCGUCCCGGCCAGGCUUCGGUCCAGUAGAAGUGGCUGGAGUCAUCCACCAACUAAUGCGUCGGUUAGGUCACUCGCAAUACUACGUGCAGGGCGGCGGCGCGGGCCACGUGGUGGGCUCGGUGCUGGCCACGCUGUACCCGCGCGACGUGCUCGGCUUCCACACCAACUUCCCAGUGCUGCUGUACAGUCCACGAGCGUAUCUUUAUGUUUUGUUUGUAAUGCGUCGUCUGGGUCACUCGCAAUACUACGUGCAGGGCGGCGGCGCGGGCCACGUGGUGGGCUCGGUGCUGGCCACGCUGUACCCGCGCGACGUGCUCGGCUUCCACACCAACUUCCCAGUGCUGCUGUACAGUCCACGAGCGUAUCUUUAUGUUUUGUUUGGUUCCCUCUGGCACCGAUUGGCGGUAGACCCAGUGGUUGAGGCCAACCUCCUGUACCCGCUAAGCGAUUUCGUGCCGUCCGCGCUUGAAGAAUCCGGAUUCCUGCACCUGCAGGCCACCAAGCCUGAUACUAUCGGUGUCGCACUCACCGAUUCUCCAGCUGGUCUGGCCGCGUACAUCCUUGAGAAAUACUCCACCUGGACCGACCGGUUGUAUAAGAAGGAAGGCGACGGCCACCUUCAGGCAUACCACCUAACCUAUCUGCUGGAUAACAUUAUGAUAUACUGGCUCACGCGCUGCAUCACGCCGAGUAUGCGGCUGUAUGCUGAGGCCUUUAAUAAGCGCAGCCUGGCUCUGAGGCUGGACGACUGUAAGGCGACGGCCACCUCCCAGGCCUAUGAGCUGACGUAUCUGCUGGAUAACAUCAUGAUAUACUGGCUCACGCGCUGCAUCACGCCGAGUAUGCGACUGUAUGCUGAGGCCUUUAAUAAGCGCAGCCUGGCUCUGAGGCUAGACGACAUCCCGACAACAGUUCCCACCUGGGGCCUAAAGUUCAAGAACGAGCUGAUGUUCCACCCAGACUCGGUACUGCACUGGAAGUAUACCAACUACGUCCGCAGCACCAUGGUGGACGGCGGCGGCCAUUUUGGCGCGCUACAGUACCCGCAAAUACUGGCGGAUGAUGUUUAUGAUGCAGUCACGGUGUUUAGGGAGAAAGAAGAUGUUGUGACAUCAGAACCGGUUCAAGAGAGGUCAGUUUAUGACUUCACAGUCAAAGAUCUCCAAGGGCGAGAGGUCCACCUGGACAAGUACAAAGGAUACGUCCUUCUGAUCGUCAACGUGGCGUCCCAGUGCGGCCUCACAGACAAAAACUACAAGCAACUGAAUGAACUGCACGAACAAUACGAAUCCAGAGGCCUACGUAUACUGGCCUUCCCCUGCAACCAGUUCGGAGGCCAGGAACCAGGGACCCACAAUGAUAUCUUCAAAUUCGCAGCGAACAGAGGCGUCAAAUUCGACCUAUUUGAAAAAAUCGACGUGAACGGUGACAAUGCGCACCCUCUAUGGAAAUUCCUUAAGACAGUUCAGAGCGGGACUAUGGGAGACUUCAUCAAAUGGAACUUCUCCAAGUUCAUUGUGAACAAGAUUGGGGUGCCGGUAGCGAGGUUCGGACCGAAUACGGACCCGGUGGAAUUGGUGCCGUAUUUGGAAAAGGAGUUAUGAUACUCGGUCGUGUACUUUGCAGUUCAUGGUAGAUACUUUUUAGUGGGGCCAGAUAACCAGCCGAUUGGCGAGUCAGGCUAAGAACUCAAGGCACGAUUUGCACCCGCGACCGCCGCGGUUGUGGAAUGAGGGCUAUCGUUUUU